AUGGCUGACAACUUUCUCCUAGAAUCUUGGCGUUUCGUCAAACAACUUGCAGCAGGACGAUGGUUUUCAGUCUUUGCUUCAUUUCUAAUCAUGAUCGGAGCAGGUUCAACUUAUGUUUUUGGAACAUACUCCAGAGUUAUGAAAACCCAAUUCGAUUACAACCAAACCCAAAUCAACACAUUAGGAUUCGCCAAAGAUCUCGGUUCUAACCUCGGAGUUUUUGCUGGUCUUCUCGGCGAGGUUGUGCCGCCAUGGGUUCUGUUCAUCGUCGGUUCAUUUCUCAAUUUCUAUAGCUAUUUCAUGAUUUGGCUUUCCAUUACUUGCCGUAUCGCUAAACCCAAAUUAUGGCAAAUGUUCUUUUACAUUUCCUUAGCUGCUAAUUCACAAAAUUUCUCUAACACAGCCGUUUUAGUAACAAGUGUAAGAAAUUUCCCCGAUCGACGAGGAAUCAUUCUCGGACUUCUCAAAGGCUUUGUCGGAAUCGGAGGUGCCACUUUAACUCAAUUCUAUUUAGCCAUUUAUGGCCAUGAAAAUCCAGAAAAUUUGGUGCUUCUUCUUUCAUGGUUUCCCACUUUUAUUUCUUUGGUAUUUUCUCUCACGAUUCGAACAAUCAAUAUCCAUAAAAGCCCUGAAGAACUCAGAGUUCUUUACCAUUUGCUUUAUGUCUCAAUCAUUCUUGCUCUGUUUCUCUUAUUUUUGACGAUUACCCAAAAACAAGCAGCGUUUUCUCCAGCUGGGUAUAUAAGUGGAGCUGCUGUAAUUAUUGGAUUACUAUUAAUUCCGCUUUUAAUCGCCAUUAGAGAAGAACUCGUGCUCUUCAAACUCAACAAACAAGCUGAAAACGUUCCUUCCACCCCUGUUUUCGUUCCUGAAUUGAAAGCGUCAUCAAAACCUCCACCUACAAACAAUGACACCUUAACCCCACUUGAGGAAAUCCCCGAAACUAAUUCACCGUCAUGUUUCUCAAACAUAUUCAACAAACCCGAACGUGGAGAAGAUUACACUAUAUUACAAGCUCUGUUUAGCAAAGACAUGGCGCUUAUUUUCAUAGGAACACUUUGUGGGUGUGGUUCAUCAAUUGCUGCCAUUGAUAACAUAGGCCAAAUCGGCGAAUCACUUGGCUAUCCAUCUCAAUCCAUAAGCAUAUUCGUUUCAUUGGUAUCGAUAUUCAAUUUCUUCGGCAGAGUAGGCUCUGGUUUCAUCUCUGAAACUCUUAUGUCAAAAUACAAAGUACCUCGUCCUUUAAUGUUCGCUCUCUCUCAUCUUCUAACUUGUAUUGGUAUGCUCUUCGUCGCAUUCCCAUAUCGUGGCUCAAUCUACAUAGCUUCAUUGAUAAUCGGGUUCGGAUUCGGAGCUCAAGUACCGAUGAUAUUCGCUAUACUUUCGGAGCUUUUCGGGUUGAAAUAUUACGCAACAAUCUUCAACUGUGCACAAUUGGCAGUCCCAAUUGGAUCAUAUAUACUGAAUGUGCAUGUAAUUGGGAAAUUGUAUGAUGUUGAAGCAACAAAAGAUGGUGGAAUAAAGAAUGGAAAAGGACUAACUUGCGAAGGAGCUCAUUGUUUUAGUGGGUCGUUCUUGGUUUUGGCUGUGGUGGUGUUGAUUGGAGCUUUGGCUUCGCUUGUAUUGGCUUUUAGAACAAAAGAAUUUUACAAAGGAGAUGUUUAUAAAAAGUAUAAAGAGGAUAUGUGGAUUCCUCAAUCGGAUAUGGAAUUUUAUUGUUUAGAUAAUAGGAAGAAAGUUGUUAACAAUUUGCCGCGGAUUGUUAUGCCGCCUAAAUAUAGUUUUCUCAAUAUAAUAUAG